UAUUGCAAUGAGAAAUUGUUGUUGUGUGUUGAAAGUUGGAAGUAGACUAUCAAAUCUUGUUACAGGAGCGGUAGAAUAUGUGAUCGAUAAUGACGCCUAUUGAUUGUUAUUGGAUUAUUCAUUGUUGAACUGGGGCCAAAUCACGCGGAAAAACAAAGACCUGGUGUAGCUAUGUUCUACAAGGUUUGGAAGUGUCACAGUAUUAAUGUGACUUAGAAUGGUGGAUUUGGACACAGUUGGGAACAUAAUUUUAGGUUUUAAGAGUCAAUGAGUGGUUUUGGAGAUGAGUAUAGUAGUAUACUCCAUGUUUUAUGUGAGAAGUUGAAUUUUAGAAACCAAUUGGAAGCUUUUAUUAGUCCAAGUUUGUUAAUUUUGAUCAAUUUUAGGGCCAUAAUGUUUCUCACCUGACUAAGGAAAAGUAACCUAAGUCUUGACCUCUUUCCCCUUCUCACUGGAGAGAUAUGUCUUUCACCAAAAAAAAAGGUCUGUCAGGGGAGAACCAAGAUAAUGGAAAAUCUUAGUGAUCUUCAAUUCUUCAGCAGUUCAGCUUUAUGUCGUGGGUUGGUGGGAAGAUGCUGUCUGGUGAUAUUACUCAGUUAAUGGUCUCUACUCAUUCUAGCUCUGCUAUUUAAGUAGACUGUGUCACUAGAAUCAAAUGAUGCUAGAAAGUCUUGGAGUUGUGGCAUAGAUGGCUGGAAGCCUGGAAUAUAUGAUGUUGAACUACUGCAUGUGCUAUGUGUAUUAAUUAGGAAAAGUGACGAGAACACUCCGUGAAUGGAAAUCUAACCCACUGACUGAUACUCAAGAUCUCAUUCGCAGCCAGAACAUUACAAUUAAAUUUAAGAUGUCAGGCGACAUUGAGAAUGUGAAAUCGAGUGAGGUGAAUAAAACUGCUGAUACAAAUGGAUCCUCUAUGUCUGAAGUUCGAGUAACAUGGUACAGUUUCUUGCUUCAGCAGGCAUCUAUCUAUGGAGUAGCUGCUGGGUAUUGCCUUUCAGCAUCUCUUCUAUCGAUAAUCAAUAAAUGGGCUGUUAUGAAAUUCCCAUAUCCUGGCGCACUCACUGCACUACAGUAUUUCACCAGUGCUGCUGGCGUUUUUGUGUGUGGGUGGCUAAAGUUGGUAGAGCACGACUCCCUUGACCUUAUGACCAUGUGGCGGUUCCUUCCUGCUGCAGUUAUCUUCUAUCUCUCUCUUUUUACCAACAGUGAGCUCCUCCUCCAUGCCAAUGUCGACACAUUUAUUGUCUUCCGCUCAGUAGUCCCGAUCUUUGUCGCAAUUGGAGAGACCCUCUUUCUGCACCAGCCAUGGCCAUCACUCAAAACUUGGGCCUCACUUGCCACUAUCUUUGGUGGAAGUGUCAUUUACGUGAUGACAGACUAUCAAUUCACAGUGAUGGCUUACAGCUGGGCUUUAGCUUACCUCAUUAGCAUGUCCAUCGAUUUCGUUUACAUAAAGCAUGUAGUUAUGACCAUUGGUUUGAACACAUGGGGCCUAGUCUUGUACAACAAUCUUGAGGCUCUCCUACUCUUCCCUUUAGAACUUCUUGUUAUGGGCGAGCUAAAGAAGAUAAAGCAUGAGAUUUCUGAUGAAUCAGAUUGGCAUACGUUUAGCGUCAUCCUGCCAGUUGGGUUGUCAUGCUUGUUUGGACUUUCAAUCUCUUUCUUUGGGUUCUCUUGCCGGAAAGCAAUCUCUGCCACAGGCUUUACAGUUCUUGGAAUAGUGAACAAGCUACUUACAGUUGUCAUCAACCUUGUCAUCUGGGAUAAGCAUUCAACAAUUGUGGGAACACUUGGGCUUCUUAUCUGUAUGUUGGGUGGUGUUUUGUAUCAGCAGUCUACAAGCGUUAAGUCUAAGCCUGUGAAAACCGUAGAACCACAAGAAAGCCUAGAGGAAGAACAGAAGUUGUUAGAGAUGCAAAGCAACAAAGAAAGUGAUACCAAUAUUGAGCCACUCUCUGAAGUAAGAGAGGAAAAAUAAAAUGGAUUAUGAGGAAAACGCUACUUUUCUGUUACCAGGAGACUAUUCUCUCUGCUGUGAUGUGCAGGUAUCCCAAAGCCUGCCUAAAAUGUUUGGGCGCAUCAUCAGGUAAACUAUAAGGCCAUUGGCAUUUCCCCUUUUGUCAAUUGCUAGUGCUGAGCAGUGUGUAUUCUUGUGGUGGUUUGCAUGGCUCAGGACUUUCUGGUUCAACUACCAUAUGAAAGAGAUAUAUUCAUAAUUCAUGCCUGAAAAUUUAUUCUUCACAUGUCUUGUUCUUUGGACUGUUCAACAGCAAGUCAAAAUGAUACUGCUAUUCUUCUACCAAUUUGUUUGAUAUGCAAAAUCAAGAUGGAUGUCAUUAGUUAUACUCUGAUUUGUUUGUUAUGAGAGACAAGCUUUUGUUUGGAAGGUUAAUGUCAAUUAAGUGCUAUCUAGAGGCAUGCUCUAGUUUGAAUGUUCUUUUCAUGCCUGAUCUUGCCUUUGCUCGACGUUUUGAGAUACCAAGAAAUCUGAAAUGGCAACUUGUAGCAGCCUUGUUUUUACUAGCUGUGAUUGCUUCUGCUCAUUGAUCUUAUAUGUGCCAUUCUUUUCUUUUUGGCUGAGUAACGCCAUUAUUCACAGUUUCAUCUUUUUUGUUUUUGGAUGAUUGAUGUAAUAUAGUUGUUACUGGUGGUAUUGUAUAUACUCAUCUAGUUAUUUUGUUA